AUGGUAAAUAUAAAUGUAAGGAUCGUCAAGCUCUUCCCCGUCGGAGGUGCUGCGGGCACACUUAGCCCCAAAACUAUUCAGACUAUUCACUUUUUGGUGGAACUUGGUUUCGCCGUCGAACGAGUAGAUGAAGAGCUCGUCAACGUGGAGCUUUCAUCACUGGAGCUUUCAUCACUGGAGGUUUCCGUGCUGGAGGUUUCCGUGCUGGAGGUUUCCGCGCUGGAGGUUUUCGUGCUGGAGGCCUCAGUACUGGUGGCUUCCGUGGUAGACGUCUCCGUGCUAGACGCCUCGGUGCUUGAAGCUUCGGUGCUAGACGCUUCCGCAGUCGAGCUUGUCUUGGUCGAGCUUUUUCCGGACGAACUAGCAGAACUCGAGGCAACUUCCUCUGACAACUCGUCAGGAGUUGCUUCGGGCAAAGGGGUAUUGGAGGAAGGAAAUGCCUUGGCAGCACCGGAAGGUUUGCUGGAAGAGGAUUUCUCCGUUGAAGAAGCCGAUUCAGAGCUCUCGGUUGAUGUACUCUCAGCAGAUGAACUCUCGGUUGAUGAACUCUCAGCAGAUGAGCUUGCGGAUGAAGACGGGGAGACGGAGGUGGAGGAGUCAACCGGGAGAGGUGUCGUUCCGUCGGGCCAUGUUCCAGGAGGAGUCCCGUCCGGCACGCAAACCAUGAUCGGGGCCGUCUUGCCGCUGGUGAUUUGGACGCGGCAUACCUUGCCAGAGCUGCAGGGAUCGUUGGGGCAUCCGAAGUCAGCGGGCGCAUCAAAUGCUGGGAGCAUAGCCGCCACCCGCUGA